CCAUUUACUAGACCCAGAAAGGAAUGCUUUUGCAAACAGAUAAGAAAUUUUAAUGAAAGGAUAAAUCGAAGGAAACGGUGUGGUGGAAUCUUUAGGUAUCGCAGGAAAGUAGUCGUCAUGGCGAAGAGAAAACAUUGGAAAAAGAAACAAGAGCAGAAAUUGGCAGUUUAACCAUGGGGAUUUCUCAGAGAUUUAUAGACACGCCACUCUUCUUAAAAAUAUCCUGUGUUUUAGUCACCGCAGCAUUCGUCAUCAAUAUCAUCGCUUUCGCUGUACCAUAUUGGUACAGCGGCCAAUUGGAUUACCAUGAGGGACUCUGGACAAUUUGUCCGAAAUCAGGUUGUAAGGAUUACCCGCUGGAGGGCCUGGCAAGCUGGUUUGAGGCUACUCGUACAUUUACUGUCUUCGCAUUCAUAGGAUCCAUUGCUACGAUCGUUCUGCUCGUCCUGUACAUCUUUGUGGAAAAGCUUAGUCAUUAUAUCCUAUAUCUCAUAGCUGUAGUGACGUGUUUCUCCACAGGCGGGUUUCUAUUCCUGUCAGUGUUGAUCUAUGCGGCCUUCCUGAAUGACCUUGCCUGGGGUUGGGCGUUUGCAGUGGUAGCGUUCCUUUUAUACACAGUGGCCGGCGUUCUUCUCAUUGUGAACUUCCUCAGAAAGGAUGGGAAGGUGUACAGUAAAUGAAACAGUCUAAACACAGGGAUACACAAGUAUUCAUGAAUAUUUAUUGGAAUGUACGAUUGGAACUGAUAUAUAAUAAAUCUAGAACUGAUAUCA